CGCAGAUUUCCCUUUCAACCAAUGUUGAGAAAUGUGUUAAACAUUGCAUCCCGAAUCAAUGUAUGAAAACAGCCAAAAACCCUGAUGUUAAAAUUUGUGAAGAAGCUUGUAAGAAGUUUUGCAAUAAACAACUAACAAGUCAUGAAGAAGUAGUUGUUCCUAGAACCAAUGAUGGUGUUGUCAAAUUCAUUUGCAAAUAUAGUUUCUGGGAAUGUGUUUCAUAA